AUGGCUGAUCUUAUGAAUUAUCUGAGAAAGCUUGCUGGCAGUGGAAGCAACUUGGAUGGUUCUGAGAAUAGUUUGAAGCGUCUGACUGUAUCUGAACGCUUGCGGUGUUGCAUUGUUGCUUUCAAAGUGAUGAGGAAUAAUCUUGAUGCCUUGAAUGUUGAUUUGCAGGACUUCUUUGUCCAGCUUUACAAUCUUUUAUUUAAGUACAGGCCAGGAAGGGAUCCAGGUGAUGUGUUAGCUGAAGCUCUGAAGAUAAUGUUAUGUGAUGAUAGGCAACAUGACAUGCAAAGGGCUGCUGCAUUCAUAAAACGUUUGGCCACAUUCUCUUUAUGCUUUGGAGCUGCAGAGUCGUUGGCUGCCUUGGUUACAUUGAAGCAUCUUCUUCAAAAGAAUGUCAAAUGCCGCAAUCUGUUAGAAAAUGAUGCUGGUGGUGGAUCAGUUUCAGGUCCCAUUGCGAAAUAUCAGCCAUAUGCUUCGGAUCCACACCUCAGUGGUGCACUUGCUUCUGUCCUUUGGGAGCUGAACCUUCUGGCAAGACAUUAUCAUCCGACCAUUUCUACAAUGGCCUCGAGCAUUUCAACCAUGACCGCUGCACAUAACCAGGCCCUUCAUUACAAUGCCUCUCCUCAACAAGCUUUUGUGGAGUUGUCACUGGAACAGGAGGCAUUCAACCCAAGCUUUGAAAACAGGAGAUCAAGUAUUAAGCGGAAAAGAAUAAGUGGGUCUACUUCCGUUUCAGCCUGUGUUGAGUCAAGUCUUGAUACGACAAGUCAGACUGAUGAAAACGAGGUCAGGAAGAAACUUUCUGAGCAUUUCUUUCUGCUUCGUGACAUGUCAGAAAAUGAGAGAUUAAGGGGCGAGUUAGAUAGAACAAAACUGUCUUUACAAUUAUAUGAACAAUAUAAGAAGCAAAAGGAAGAAAUCAAGGUAGCUCAAGAGCAGUAA